AUGAGUCCCAACAAUAGUAUUGGCGGCAGUGGUAACACUGCCAACAACAAACCAAGACGACACUAUGUGGGAUUGUGUCUGCAAGCGUCCAUGGUGGGUUUGCUGAUUGCCGCUUCUGUGGCCAAUCGAGGACUUUGGGAGUCUUCUUCUUCUUCACCGAUACCCACCAAUAGUCUCAAACUAGAGUCUACAACAACGACGGUUACAACAAGACUGCAUCAUCAAGCCAAUCAAGGACAGACAGCAACGUCAGAAUCAGCAACAAUUUUCUCGGCAGAAGAAGCCAAGGAACAUUAUCAAUACCACGACUCUCACUCGUCGCCCAGCAAGGGACAGACAACAGUCUCAUCCGAUUCUGAUUCAUCACAGUCAUCUCUGCUUUCGCUGAAAGAGGCCAAGGAAUUCUUGAUGCAAGGAGCUCGAGAACGCACCAAGAAGGAACUUGUCCAUCAACAAGAAGAAGAAAAGCAAGACAGCAGCAACAACAACAACAACAACAACAACAAAAAGAAGCGAGACUUUGUCUUGCCACCCUUGGAGUCCCUGAUCAGCAAUAACAAUAACAACAAUAGACAACCGAAAAUUCUUGCCGACGUGCAAUUCCUAUUGGAUUUUGCCGUGGUUGGAUUUGGAAAGUGCGGCACCACCACGCUGCUCCAAUGGCUCCAACAAACCAAUAGCAACUCUACUACAAGUACACAAUCAGUACAAGUCCGAGCGCCCAGUUACGAAGCCCAAUUCCUCGUCAAUCGACGUCCCACGCAAUUGGUUCGCAAACUCUACCAAUUUGCCGUCGAGGAACAAGAACUGCAACAAACACAGGAUGCACGCAUUCUGAAAGGAUUCAAAAAUCCCAGUGACAUUCGACGUCCUCAUUCACGCGCCUUGUUGACCAAAUAUUGGCCGGACACGCCAUUGAUUGUCACGGUCCGCCAUCCCGUCCAAUGGAUGGUGUCCAUUUACAAUUACUUUAAAAUUGAAAAGGGACGACACAAAGCAACGAUCGAGGCGGCACAAAUUGUGGACCGAGGAGGCCGCGAUCACGAGGGCAAUACUCACCACUACGUGUCCACCGCCAAGGGAGAAUUUCAUGCCAUUUUGGCCACACUCGGAAAAACCGCAUUGACAGAAACACAAGAAUGGAAUCUACUCUCGCCGUGGUUGGAUCCUGCGACUACGCGAGACGAUAUUUUGGAACAACGGCUUCCCAAUCCCAUUUUUUUCAUGGAAUUGCAACAACUCGCCGAUACGAAUGUGACACGAGCACGACAAUUUCGCAAUGAUCUCGAACACUUUUUGGGAUUGCCGCGAGACCAUUUGCCACCCGCGUUGCACGUCCGGCCCAAUACGCAACACAUCAAGUCAAAAAAUGCCGAUAAAUUGGAAGCACUCAAAUUGGAUAUUUGUGCUUCUGAAAAUGCUCCCAUCCUACAGGAAAUGAUGGACAUUUCGCGAGCGGCAUCGCAAUGGUUGCGACACUAUUUCAUUGUCAGUCCCGGUGUCACGGUAUCGUCGCCCGAUUAUAUGCACGAAUUGUUGAAGGGAUGGAUGAUCAGUCCUUGUCCUAAUGAUGAAAAUGACAAUCAGGAGGAGCAGCCCUUUGUGCGAGGGUACAAACCGCCGUUGCUCUAG